AUGAGUCGUCCUAAAGUUCUUGUGGUAGGUUCCGGUGGUGUGGGAGUCAUGCUGGCUCUAGGAUUGACCACUGUUGACAAGUCUGAUGUCACUUUGGUUGUUCGUUCAGAUUAUGAUCGUGUGAUGCAACAUGGGUACUAUAUCAAGUCGAGAACUUAUGGCGAGAUCAAAGCAUGGAAACCACCAAAAAUAGCCAGGUCUGUCAAGGAGGCAGCCGAGAACAACGUCGAGUACGACUUUAUUGUUCUUACCACAAAAAAUAUUCCAGAUGGUGCGAUGACUUGUGAGGAUAUCAUUCGUCCAGCCGUCACCGCCAAGUCUGUGAUUGUACUUGUCCAGAAUGGUAUUUUGAUAGAGGAGCCUAUGAUCAAGGCAUUUCCGCAUAACGUGAUCCUUAGUGGAGUUUCACUCAUUGGUUCUUCCAACAUCGAUUGUGUCAUUAACAACUCCCACAAAGAUACACUUAAGCUCGGACUUUUUGACAAUCCGAAUAUUCUGCCUGAAGUGGGCAAAGCAGCUCGCGAAGAGUACCGUAGAAUAUACCAGAAUGACGACAUCAACAUUAAUAACGUUAUUCUUGAUGACGAUACAAAGAGGACUCGUUGGGAAAAACUCGUCUACAAUUCAGUGUUCAAUACUAUCACUGCCAUUGUCGGUUUGGACAUUAAUUCAUUACAAAUCAACGGUGCAAACGAUACUCUUUUUCGUCCAGCCAUGAAAGAAAUUUCGGCCAUCGCAGCAUCUGAAGGUGUUGAGAUUCCUACCAGUGUUCACGAAUUCUUUCUCCAUAUCGGUGACGGUCUUUUCUACAAGCCGUCAAUGCUUGUGGAUGUAAGAAAGAAGCAACUUUGUGAAAUUGAGGUGAUUCUCGGCAACCCAUUGAAGAUCGCAGCUCGAAACGGAGUGCCAACUCCAGUCCUUUCCACAGUGUAUCACUUGCUUUCAAUGGUCCAAUUCAGAACCAAAAUAGACAAUGGAUCCAUUAAGAUUGACCAAGAAUUAUUCAGGGGCCAAGACUCGGACAAAUUUCCAGAAAUCUUUGCAGCAUCGCCUGGCAGUAGAAUUUAG